AUGUCAACGACGGCCAAGCUGCGUGCGUGCCUGCGCUGCCACUAUGCGCAGUCGGCCGCCGAGUUCCACGCCAAGGGCUGUCCCAACUGCCAAGACCUCCUUGACAUGCAAGGCAGCCAGGAGCGCGUCGCCGACUUUACUACGUCCAAUUUUGAUGGGCUUAUAUGCAUGCUGCAGCCCGAAGAAAGCUGGGUCGCCAAGUGGCAGCGAAUAGGUACGCUUCUCCGCUCACGCAGAAAAACGCAUGGUCGGGCUGUGGUCGGCCGGCUUCCCGACGGAUACGAGUAG